GACGUCACCGGAGCGCUCGCGCUAGCCAGUUGUUUUGGGAGAAGAAGAAAAAGGAGCUACAAGCGGAAGAAACACCGGAUUUGGUUUCGGGUUAGAAUUCAGUUUAUGGUCCUGGAUUAGUUUUUUUAAAAAUACAUUUUGAAUAAUGUCGACCCCGGCGAGGAGACGGCUUAUGAGAGAUUUUAAAAGGUAACCGUAACCAUAACGUCUGUUCUGUUUGUGUGAAGCAGCGUUAGCGGAUGACGCUGACGGCUGCUAGCUGAGCGUUAGCUUUAGCGUUAGCCGUUGGUGCAGAGAAAGCUGAUAAUUCAGCUAAAAUCGAGUUGUUUUGAAAUCUAAACGGUCCUUUAAGUGGGUUUCACUCCAAAUGUAAUGACGAUUGAAUUGACAGAGGUGGGACAGUGGGUUUUCACAUGUAUUGUAGUGUAUUCGAAGACUGCAAUUUGAUUUCUCUGCAGUCUUUACUGUCCAGGGAAUAAGAUCCGAUCAUUUCAGGGGAGUUUGUUUGUGAUUGUAGGUGCAAUUUAAGACCGCUGAGGUUGCUUAUAGUUUGCUCGAAUAGAAGGUAGUAAAAAUUUAAGAUUCCAUAGCCUCGAGUGGUCUUGAUAAUAAGUUAAUUGUGACAGGAUUUGUCCUAAUUACUGCGCAAUCUGCAAGCUGAGGAUUUGAAAUGUGCUGCUCUAAAGGUGGCUAAAUUCAAUUAGCCUGCCAGCAAUAUGGUUUCAGUCUCCCCUGAGAGCAAUGUGGCUCACAGGUGUUGCACAACCUGGUGUGUGUGAAACUGGGGGUUCUCCAUCUCCAUCAUUACAAGCAUAGAUGUGACUAUGGAAGCUCCAAGCAGACAUUUAUCCAUACAUUUUAUUCACCCCCGGUUUCCUCUCAGUGAUAGAUGAUCAUAAUUGGUAUCCCUGAGGUAGGUUUCACCCUCCUCAUCAGUGUGGGUGACAGCAGAUGACUAGAAAAUGUUCCCAUUCAUGGGGAAAAGCAGCUUUUGUAUUAGGUGAUCACCAGAGAUAAGUUAAAAUCUUAAGGAACAUCAGAUAAUAUUUUAUGGGAAAAUCAGCAUGUCAGGAUAACAAGGUAGACAGUAGAGUAAAGAUAAGGUAUGGAGUAGGGCUGGGCGAUAAAACAGAACAAGAUAUAUCAAACUAAUUUCCCUGAAUAUCGAUAUUAAACAUGGUCAUUAUGCUUUUCGAUAGUCAGCAUUCUGCAAUGUUUUGGUAGACUAAGGCUGUGUCCAAAAUCAAUUGCUCAAUCCCUAACCCCUAACCCCCAUAUGGGGUUUUACUAGAUAGUUCACUAUGUAGUGAACUCAAUCACCAGAGGUUUCAGACACUACAUGGCAAGACGCAAUGCAUGACGGGAUGCCCACCACAGGUGAGUGACCAUCAAAUGGUCACAACAUUUUGCAGUGCUUUAUGGGAAAUUUUGAGUCGCCUAUAUGGAGCACUGGAAUUGAUCACUCAGGUUUCAGACACCCCUCAAAAUGGCGCUAACCCCCAUAUAGUCGCCUAUAUAGGGGUUAGGGAUCCAUUUCGGACACAGCCCAUAUGAAUAGCUGAUGAAAAGAUGACAAUAUCGUUGACAACACUGGCACGAAAACGUCAGUGGUGUGGAGGUAUUUUGGUUUUUUGAGGUUGGACAUGAAGCAGAGUAAAUUAUGUCGACUCGAGUACAUGUUCUUGCAAAGUCGGGGAAUAUUUCAAAUCUUUUCCACCACCUGAAGCAGUGCUUCGCCACAGAGCACGCUCAAUGCAAAAGGUUACAAACCCUGAGCGGAGCAAGGAGCCCAUGGCGCCUGUGCACCCGAAACAGCCGACCAUUCAGGCCGCUUUCUCUAGUGCAGUGCCCUAUGACAAAAUGCUGAAGAGACACAAAGACCUCACAGAUGCAGUAGCUUAUUGGAUGACAAAAGACAUGCUACCAAUAAGCACUGUUAAAAAUCAUUUUUUAUAUCAUCAUAAAUCGAUAUUGACCGAUAUAAAAAAUAUAUAUCAUGAUAAACAUUUUCCUAUAUUUCCCAGCCCUAGUAUGGAUCUAUAUCUGCUGAGGGCUAUGUGAAAUUUCUGAGAUUUGUGUAUUUAAACAACACUGCAGUCCUCUUCCUUCCAAUAAUUAUUAUUAUCAACAAAGAAAAGAAGAAUAUGCCAAGCUACCCAGGGAGUAGUACACCUGGCAAAAGACUGCUUGUACUACCUGCUAUCCCCAAUCUGUUUCCCUGCCCCAUAUGGCAUCCUAUGGUACUUGCGUGUUUGUGUGUCACUCACACACCUGUCAGUGGAAAAAAAAAGAUCCUAAGCUAUCCUUACUGAGCGCAGCCACUGAAGCAGGGAGGAUAAGGUGUCACAGUAACUCUACUCUGCUGCACCAGUCCCCAGGUGGUAAACUGUAACACACUGAGUCAGGGGGGGAACACAAUGGCACAUUCCUGGAUCAGCCCGUGUGUGUGUCCGCACUAAAGCUGGCUGACAUCUCUUUGUUUGAUCUGCAAGUUAAACUAUUUGCAUGAUAGGUCUUGAAACUGAGCGCUGUAGUUGUUUGAACAGCAACAAAUAUGUGUGACAUUAUGCAUGAGUACCUGGGAUGUCAAAUGACACCAUGAGUUGAAGGGCUCUUGAAAUAAGCCGUUUUUUUAUGCCUUGUUGAACAGCUGGAAAAGCACCAGAAUUUCUCUUGUUUCUGUUCAGUACAGCUUCACUUUCAUUUCUUAGCAGAUGAUUUUUGGAGUACCCAUAUUGUCAUUAUCUUCAGUUUCUUUUUUAAUCUCAGCUGUUCCUCAAAUAUCUGACAGAGUUCAGUUUUAAAAAUGACGUUAAAUAGUUUGUAAACUUCAUCAGUUGUGCUUCAGUAAUUCAUCAUACUAAAGUAAAAGAUAGUAACUAUCCCUGAUAGCGCAGUUGUUGUGAAGUUGAUUGGAGCAUCUUUCCACCAGCAGUGAAGCUCAGGCAGAUUACAGUAAAUGAGGUUAAUUGCAGUGGGUCUGUCUGCAGCGAGGGACACUGAUCUACACUCACACACAGACGCACAAAUCAGCCUACCUUGUUUUAUAGCUGUAAGCUCUUAUUAAGCCAGCUUUUACACUUUACGCAUGGGAUUGUGGGGCCUAAGUCGCCUGCAGUGCUCCUGGACUUGGCCGACAUGCAGAGGUGGUCUGAAGCCGGACCUUUAAUGUGACCCAGUAACAUGGAGCGAGUCAGAAUAAGGUCUCUGUUGUCCAUUAGAAAUUUGUUUUUGUAGUCUGCACUUACACAGAGUUGGAAAGUUGUUGGAAAGUUGGUUUAAAACAUUGACCUGUGACAUUUGUGUGUUUUCUGUUUGUUGAUGUCUUUGUUGCUAGGCAGUUGUUGCUAAGGCAUUUUACACAGUGCAAGAUCACUUGAUAAGUCAGACCGCAGAGGGGAAGUAUGAUACUGGAGCUCAUUAUUGUUGUCAUUAUUAUUCACAAAAUGUUUUAGGUUUUAGGCUGUGAAAUAUACAAUAUAACGCAAUAAAGACCUUACAGUGGCUGUUUUUGAAAAGACUUGAAAUCUUAAAGGUAAAUGAAUACAUAAUAAAUAACCAAAUAUGACAUUGAUUUGUGGCUGCAGCAGUUUUUGAAGUCAUUUAGAGUGAAAAGAUGAUUAGCCGCGUUUUAGAUUAGAUUAGAUUAGAUUCAACAUUAUUGUCAUUGAACACAGUACAAGUAGAGAACAAUAAAAUGCAGUUUAGCAUCUAACCAGAAGUGCAAGGUAGUAAAGUGCAAGGUAUGUACAUACGGGCUGUGCAGGUAUGUACUGAAUAUACUAUAUAGUGCAAUAAAUAUGCUAAAAAUAUAUACAUGUCGUUGGUUACUACAGGUAUUAGUAGGCUAUACAACAACAAAAAAAUCUAAUUAUGUAUAUUAUCUAUAUAUACAGUAUACUUAUUAAUGCAGGUGAGAAAAAGAGAAAAUGCUAUUAAACAGUGGGUGUGUUAGGAAUAUAAACAGUAAGAUAUUUAGGAGUAAGAGUAGGAAUAUGUACAGUUAUUAAAUAAAUAGUUGGAUAAAAUAUGUAUAUACAGCAGAGCGUGAUUGUGUUUCCAUAAUUUGCAAAAUUUAUUAAUUAUGCAAAAUAACAAUCAUAAAUAGUGACAGAUUUUUGUUAAAUGGUAUGCUUAUCUUAAGAUGAUUUAUAUUCUUUGGCUAGGAGGCAACAUUUAGUAUGGGAAAAUAUCAGGUAUUUAAUUGAAAAAAGAAUAAGCAAUAAGCAGAAAAUAAACAAUAAAAAUAAGGAUGUUUAAGAAAACCUGUAAAUUUACAGAAUGGAAGAGGUAGAAAUGUUUAUUAAAAAAUCAGUGAGUACUUUUGGAGUGAAUUUUUGGAGUUUUAUUCUUUUUAGUCUUUCAGCGUCUUUGAAAAGCUGCAUCAACAGAAAAAUGUAAAGGAUGAUAUUUCUGCAGAUUAAUCAAUUUUAUUGUUGAUCCUCACUUUUUAGCAUCAGAUUCGCACAAUCAGUCUGUUAAAAUUUCAUCAUCAUGUUUUUACAUCAGUGUUAUUGGAGCUUGAGUGUCUGUCUGUGGGUGAUAAUCAUGUCUCUGUCCUGCUCCUGCUUCCCCUUUUUAUUCCUAACACACUGUUGUUGCUGCUGCUCCUGCUGCUGCUGCAACAACACAUCACCUCCUUCUAUGCACCAGAUCCUUUCUUUGAGGGAAAUAAAGACAGAGAGAGCCUGGAGCUCUCCCAAAUAAAGACAUUAAUCAAAAUAUGCUGACUCUGACACACACAGUUGGAAGGAUGAAUGUUGACUAUUGGCACUUUCAGUCUUUGAUGCUCACCAGGGAUAUAGUCAUGUAAUGUUACAGUUCUAUAGAGUGUUCAUGGUAUGGCUUAUGUUAACUGACAUGUGACAGUCGGAUGGACAGUGUGCAGUUGAUCCUGCAAGCCUCACUGUCGAUUGAAGUCAUGUUGAUACAGCAGUUCGUGUUUUGACUGAUAAUUAUCCUGCAGUCAAGGUGUUAAUUAAAAUCCUCAUGCUCUCCUCCAAUCCUUGUUUUCUCUCCCUUCUGCUGCUGUUUCUUUGACUCUCUUAUUUGUCCUCUGUUUCUUCUGUAUUUUAUUUAUCUUUCGUCUCUGAUUCCUUUCAAUUUUGCUUUGUUUUUAAUAUCUCCUUUUAUAUCCUUUCUCUUCUCUUCUUCAUACCUAUGUCUCUUUCGUUUCUUUGUUUUCUUCUCCCUUCCUUAUUGUUUCUUCUCUCUUUUUCUCUAUCAUACCCAGACUUCAAGAAGAUCCUCCCACCGGUGUGAGUGGAGCACCAUCAGAGAACAACAUCAUGCUUUGGAACGCAGUUAUUUUUGGGUGAGUCAUGCUCCGAAAUCCAGCUCCGCCCUGCUGUCUUCUUUCUUAGCCACUGUGAUUGUGAUGCACAGAUUCCCCAAACCAGCACACCCCUUUGCAACAUUUAAAUAUUUCAGAUUACGGUCCUGAUUGUUGCUGAGACCGGUCAGGAAAAUCAGCAUGUAGAGACCCAGCAGGUGUUCGAUGGAGGAACAGGCUGAGAGACAAGAGGGAAAGUUUGUUAUAAAAGACUGCACCAAAAUAAAAGCAGAUGAAAGAUGGUGCACAAUUUGAACGAUGAUCAAAAUGAUUUGAGUCAUGAAAAUGUGUGAAGGAAUAAACUUUUUAGAGUAGUUCUUGCUUAUGAUAAAAGCCCAGUAAUAGGAUGAGAUUAGUGUGAAUGCAGGAGUGUCUUUCAUUCCAGUAGAAUCAAUGAAGUGUCUGUUACUGUGAUUAAAAAAAGGGAAAUUUAUUGAGAUAAUAUAUAGCAUAUAUAGGAUACUUGAAAGGGUAAGAAACUGGAAGGGAGAUUGAGGAGAGACUUCCGUAGGACAGGGCUCAUUGGGAACUUCAGCCUCUAUACAUGGGGUGUGCAAUUUAACAAACAGACCCAACUGGUGCCAGGCAACUCUAAUUAAAUGUUUGAUUAUGAAGCUAUCACAGUUAUUAAAAACAUGAACAGAUCAGUCACAGUUAUGAUCACAGUGGGGGUGGGGUUUCCCAACUGCAACGUAGAUAAUAAAAACCAAAGUCAAUAAUGUACUAGGGCUGGGCGAUAAAACGAUAACAAUAUCGAAAAUUAAUUUCCCUCGAUAUCAAUAUAAAACAUGGUUAGUUUUCGAUAGUCGGCAUUCUGCCAUGCUUUGGUAGACUAUACGAAUAGCUAAUGAAAAGGGGAGUUACUCCGGGUCCGCUUUGUGCUGAACCAAUCACGUGCUGAAUUAGAACCAAGUAGCAAACAACAGCGUAGUAGCAGACUUUAACACGUGACUCCGACAGCACUGUUGGUGAGAAAAGAGAAAAUGAGUGCCACCCCUGACAGAAAUGCAGAUGAAGGCUCAACAGAUGACAACAUUGUCAACAAUACUGGCACGAAAACAUCGGUGGUGUGGAGGUAUUUUGUUUUUUUGAGGUCGACAUGAAGCAGAGUAAUGUGUACUGUAAAUUAAGUCGAGUACAUGUUCUCGCAAAGUCGGGGAUUACCUCAAAUCUUUUUCACCACCUGAAGCAGUGCCUCGCCGCAGAGCUCACGCAAUGCAAAAGGUUACAAACCCUGAGCGGAGCAAGGAGCCCAUGGCGCCUGUGCAGCCGAAACAGGCAACCAUUCAGGCCGCUUUCUGUAGCGCAACGCCUUACGACAAAACGUUGAAGAGACACAAGGACCUCACAGAAGCAAUAGCUUAUUGUAUCGCAAAAGACAUGCUACCAAUGAGAUUGACAAGCAAUUUCUUUCUAUCGUGAUAUAUAUCGCUAUCAGCUGAUAUGAAUAAAAUAUAUCAUGAUAAACUUUUUCCCAAAUCGUCAAUCCCUAUAAUGUCCCGAAGAAAACAUUUCCAUGAUGAAAGCUCUUUGCCUGUUUCUUGACCGAUCACACAUGUGGUAACAACUGCUAUCCAGCCUACCAGUGAUUGCCAUUGUUGAGCCACACAAACCAAUACCACUGAGACUUAAUAUGGUCUAUAGUUCAGACACUAACAGCAAGAUGCUUCUAACAGAUCCAAAAGCCCCAUGGUUAGAUCAAUAUAUUUUGAUCAAUCAAUUAGGGUUAGAUCAAUCACAGAGCUUCUUUUAUUUGUUCUGCCUGUGUUGAGUUUUAAGACCGGGAUACACUUUGUUUGCUUACUUCCCAUGUAAACUUUUAAAGCAGCUUAUUAAACUCCAAACAAGUGGAAGUUAUCAGUCGGUCUUAAUGGAGAGUUCAUAGAUUUUAGCAUCAAGAAACAUCAAGAACACAAUAAAACGGAGAGCAGCGGCACCAGGCAGGAGCUGAAAAGUUAACAAGAUGCUACAAAUGCAUGGAGGCUCGCUUGUGUUUAAAAAUAGAAACAGACCUGCUAAUAUCUCCUCACCUAAUUCAAAGUCAAAGGGGUGAGUGCCAGAAAUGCACAGCACGUGGCAACUGGUUUAAUCGUCUCCUUUACACUGACUGUGUGAAUGUGAGGAGCUGAGUAAAUAAAAGUCUGGUGUCUGUCGCUGCAGGGGCAGUCUUUGAAGGAUGGGUGAUAAUAGUUUUUGUUUUUUUUUUGUUUUUUUUUUUGCAAGUCAGAGCCUCAUUGGUUGCAGAGGGGAUAUUUUGAGUCCAAAAAUAAUUCUACUCCUCUCUCUGUCUCCCUCUCUCUCUCUCCCUCUGGUUUCUGCAGGCCUGUGGGAACACCGUUUGAAGAUGGUAAGUUCUCAAUUUUGAAUCGUCUUUGAUUUAACUUUCUUCUGCCCUGUUUUUUCUUUUUUUUCUUCUGGUACAUUUACAUCAUUCAGUGAAUCUGUUUCGGUCCUCAGCGGUGUGUGUUUCUGAAGUUUGGCUUCAAUGAGUUUUCCUGAGCACUCAAUUACCAAAUCACUCUGUGGAUGACAUUCCCACACCUGUAUGUAGGUAUAUACAGAGGAGCCCUGAAUAAAGGGAGAGACCAGUAUAUAAAGUAAAUACAACACAAAUCUACUGGUAAAAUCAAUUUAGGGUCAAACAAACUAAACACUGAGUUAGAUGCCCCCUGUUGAGAGAUGAAUGUUGCCGACUGCUUCCUUCUCUAGUUAUACCAACUUUAGUAACGACCGCGCGAUAGCAAUACACAGUGGUCUAUGGAACCACACACAAACCUCAUCCAAAACGCCACUCUAAAACCACAAAUAAUGCUCAGAACAGCACCUAACUUCAUCAACAGUACAUAUAGGGUCCCAGCCAUAGUACUAGCCACCAAACAUCAUUUUAGUUUUGCCUGGUAGCAAAGAGAAUAAACAUAAGUAAGUAAGUAAGAAAACUUCAUUCGUAUAGCACUUUUCACGGACAAAAGAGUCACAAAGUGCUUCACAUAGACAAAAAUAAAAAUGUACAUGUAAAUUAAAAGGCCAAGACAACAACAUUAAACAGCCAUAGCUGCCCCAAAAACGAUUAAACAAAUGCCUGAGCAAAUAAAUUAGUUUUGAGUUGGUGUUUAAAGAAGUCAACAGAGUCAUUUGAAUGCAGAGACAGAGAAGAUCAUUUUAAAGCCUGGGGGCAACAGCCUGGAAGGAUCAGUCUCCUCUGGUCCAAAAACGAGUGUGCGGAACCAUCAGCAGAUUCUGAUCCACGGACCUCAGAGCCCGAGGGGGGGGUGUAAGGCUGGAUCAGAUGACAAAUACAAGAUGGAGCCUGACCAUGCAAGGCUUUAAAAGUUAGGACCACUCACCUCAUCUACUCUCUUCCAGCAGCCACUUGUUUGUAGCGAGACCUCAGGCUAGUCCAUCACAGACUACAGUGGGGUGUCGCAGCUCAAGGAAUAACAUUUCUGAUCAUUUCUUUGUGGAAAUGCAAUCAGACCAAGACGCUAACGCAGAAGGACUACCGCGUCUGCAGUGCAAAAUGAUUAAUAUGAUGAUCAUAAAUGUUCUUCCAUGAGCUGCAGCACCCUGCAGCAGUCCGUAAUGGACUGGCAACAAACAAGUGGCUGCUGGAAGAGAGUAGGUGAGUGUGUCUAACUCGAUGUUACGGUGUGUCUGACCCUACAUUAAUUUUUACACCGGAAUGUCCCUUUAAGAAGACAACAGAAAGUGCAUCACUGUCCAAUAAUGUAGAACAACACUGUUUACUAGUUGAGGAGGGAUUAAAUGGACCAGCAGCUGUGUGGAUUCUUUGUUUUUGUUUCGCACAGAUUGCUGAGUUAUCAAAUUUCCCUUUAAUGAUUUCUUAAGUAGCUGAACAGUCAAUAGUUGUGACUGAUCGGUAAGAGACUCGCUGCUCUGCUGUAUCUUUGUGUGUCUGCAGUAUGAAUGAGUUGCACAAAUUAACACUUCUUACCCCUCGUAUUUAAUAUUUUUUUUGUCUUCGUAUUUCUGACUUAAGUCUGGCAGAGAAAGUGCUGACUCAGGGUUUAUUGUUUUGUCUCAUUAGUUAACUCCCUCCCUUGCUCUGCCGUUAGCCUGCAGAGUCGACAUCUUUGCCUCUAUGAAGGAUUAUCUUCUCUUUCAGAAGUCGAGCCAGCUGUAUUUUUAGGAGCGUAAUUGUUUCCUCGGUUUCUCUGACCUCCACGAUCCCUUACAUCUGUAUUCUUCUCACAAAACUGCUUGUGUGCACUGCUCACUCGCACUCUCUCUCUUUAUGUUUUUCCCUCUGUCUCUCACCUCCUUCUCCUCAUCCUUCUUCUCCCCCCCUCCUCUCGACUCCGCCUCUGUCUCUCUGCAGGAACAUUUAAGCUUCUGAUAGAGUUUUCAGAAGAGUACCCAAACAAGCCUCCCACAGUUCGAUUUGUCUCCAGAAUGUUUCACCCAAAUGGUAAGUGGUGCAUCUGCCCAGACACUCAUCACUCAUUCCUAGAUAGAAAUGCACAUGUGCUGCUACUUUUAUGGGUGUAUCAGGAUCAAAAUGUUGGGAUUCUAGAUGAACAGUUUGUGCAUCUAUUAUUCAAGGACUUUCAUUUCUCCUCUCCUCCUCAUUCAAGCAGUUUCCUCCCAUUCACCUCGUUUCUAAGCUCAUCAGAGGAAUAAAUUGUUCGGUUAGAUCAGUGAGCCUGGCAGCACACCCCAGAAAAAAAGUUCUAAUUUUGUAAAUGUGUUUGCACAGCCAACACUGUGGGUUUAAAUUAAAUAGUGUCCAUCUGGCUUUGAUUACUUAGAUUUCUGGGCUUCUCCUUCUUUAUGCUGCAAGUUUAAACCAACAAAAUCCGGAGUUUUGAUGCAAAUCUCUGUGGUCUCAAUCUUGAGCUUUCUCUCUCUCUUUUUUCUUCCCAGUUUACGCAGAUGGCAGUAUAUGUUUAGACAUCCUUCAGAACCGCUGGAGCCCCACAUAUGAUGUGUCGUCCAUACUCACUUCUAUCCAGGUAAAGCAUUCGUUGUUAUCUGUUACAAAAUUGGUUUUAUUUCUGUUUUUCUGUAUUUCAUUAUAUCCCCUCUGUAAAUGCAUUAGCCAGAUUGAAGUAUACUUUUUUGUUUUAUGAAACUCAUAUGAAGGCAUCCUGAAAAUAAUUCAUAAAUAUAAAUUGUGCAGAUGUCACUCAGAAAUGGCUAGAAAUGGUUUAGAGAAAGGAGAUUCUGCAUUUUUUGACCUGAAAAUUGGCCCAUGACACUUUAAAUAUCCGCCAGAAUGUUGUUUAGUUUUUAGUUCCAACUCAUUUUAAAAUGAUAAUAAUGAGCCGUCUUGGCUGUUUGUGCUCUUUGCUGUGCGGUAACCGUUCAUCAGAGUAACAUAAGCAUCUGUCAGCUGACUGAUAAAUGUGCACACAUUUUUAUGGGCCCUGUGUUUUGUAUGUUUCAUUUACAAGCCCAGCUGUCAACGAUGUCAUUGCCAGGGUCUCCACUUCAGCAGUCCUUGUAUCACUGUUGAUCGGUAGCUAGUGCUAGGGCUAGGACCCUAUAUGUACUGUUGAUGAAGUUCGGUGCUGUUCUGAGCAUUGUUUGUGGCUAUAGAGUGGCUUUUUGGUUGAGGGUUGUUUAUGGCUUCUCAGACCGCUGUGUAUUACUAUCCUGCGGUCGUUACUAAAGUUGGUAUAACUAGAGAAGCAAGUGGUCGGCAACAUUCAUCUCACAAGGUAGUGUCUACGGUGUGUUUGACCCUAAAUCAAUUUUACACCGGAAUAUCCCUUUAAUAAGUGUUUUUGACUUUCUUAGACAUAAUCAGUAAUUCCUGACAAUGCCUAAAGGUUUUUAUCUGCCCCACCGUCUUUAUGAUGAUAACGUAUGAUUCAACAAAAACUCAUGUGCUGCAGGUGGAGACACCGUGAAGACUCCAUUUGUCUUCCCAUCAUGUUAAAAAGCACGGGGACGAGCAGAAAUACACUGUCUUCGUCAUGUGCUCUGGUGUCUGUGACGGCAGCAGCAUUUCAUACAUGUUUAUGUCAUAUGACAGGCAGAUACAGACUCUACAUGUACAGCUGUUAUGUGUGUUCAAUGUGGGGUGGCUGCAUUUAAGCGAUACCAGACAGACAUGUGUCAUCAAUCAAUCAUAGAAAACAACAGUGGUGACAACAUGACGUGAUUCAGGUCAAAUGACGAACACUACACAUCCUGACUAUCACACACAUGUGGUUUCUCUUUAACAAUCACAUGUGCUAAAAAAUCCCUUUAGGUUCCUUGAUGUUAGUCAGACUGAUACCAUGCGGAUCCUCUCAUCACUUUUGUCACCUCUCCCACAGUCAUUGCUGGACGAGCCAAAUCCCAACAGCCCGGCCAACAGCCAGGCCGCACAGCUCUAUCAGGAAAACAAGCGGGAGUAUGAGAAGAGGGUGACGGCCAUCGUGGAGCAGAGCUGGGUGGACGUCUGAGCGCUUCCCACUCUCUACUCCUUCACUUCCUUCACUCUCUCUUUCUCUCUCUCUCUCCUUCUCUCUUCAUCAUCCCAGUACUCCAGUCUCUCAUUUUUACCUCAUGAAGAAGUAAAACAGCAAUUAUAUCAAAAGAACUCAAGUGCCACCCUGAAAUAAAAAAACCCAGAGAACAACAAAACAAGACAGAAUGGACAUUAUCUUGCUUGCCAAUACAUUUGAGGAAAACGAGGGAGAAUCAACCUUAUAUUUGUGUUUCUCGUCCUUAAUUUUACUUUUUUUAUUGCAUGAUGUGAAAUAAGUUAUUGCUAACUGAAUUUGUAAUAUAUCUUUGUUGUUUGGAUGGAUUGAUGCUGUUAGUGUUUGAGUUUCUUUUUUCUUUGGAUUUAUUUUUUCCCUUUUUUUUUGUUUUCUUUUUUUUUAAUAAUAUCUGCUGGUAUGAAGACAACUCUCUGUUUUGAGACGACAGAUUGAUGACCAAAUCAGCAUAUUUUAAAAGUGAUGGAAAAAUAACAAACCCAGAAAAAGUUCUCCCAAGAGCUGGUAUUGUUGUUAUUUUAAGGUCUGCCACAGAUGCAGCUGAUAAAGAACAAUCCCUGGUCUGUUCCAGCAGAUCUGUUUUAUUUUAAGAGACACUGUAGGUUUUGGCUCACAGACGUCACAGGCUGCUACAGCGCCAAGUCUCCCUUGCACAGAUGAAUCAUGAGUCCCUGGCAAGGCAGCUUUGAGUUUUUAUUUUAAUCAUAUCUGCUCCAAGGUAGGAGACAUUAUACAGGGAGUGUUAUAAGAAAGUAAAUAUUAACACCAGGAUGGGAAGAUGAAUGUGGACUUUGGAGAAAGCGGAAGAAAUGAAGCUGAAUCGAGGAAAUAUCAUGUUCAUCAGUUUCCUCAGUCAGGACUCACUGUUUUAUUUUGUGGUGUCAGAGUGUCUUAAUGUGAAGAGUAUCUAGAAUGAGUUCAGAGUGUUUGUACUUAUGUUUUACUCUAAAUAGUUUCAUUAGGUUCAGUUGUGGUUUGAAGCAUCAGGAAGGAAGCGUGAAGAAACCUGCGAGUUCGUGAGAGGGAGAAGUUGAAAAAUGAGACGGGUGGAUGAGUCUACAAAAGAACAGAUUUGUAUAUCUUCUAUUUUUCUGUACCGUCUUGAUCAAAUCUCAGCUCUUUUUCCUUGCAGCUUUAUGUCCACACCCACGCUUUUUUGCCUCUGACAGUCGUCCACUUUUUGUUGCCUGUGACGUGUGUGAGCAUAAAUGAAAUGUCAGUGCAUUUGAACCUCCUCUUAAAAAGACACAGCUGACACAUAACUGAACAAAUGAGCAGAGUGUAAAAUUAGUGCAGACCGCUCCAAGAACAUUGAGUAUGAAUCCUGAUUUAACAGUGUGACAUCAACUGUUUUCCCAAAGGGUUAAGUUGUUUUCAUGUCUGCGCUCGUCUUUUUAUUUUCUUUCUAUGUGAUGCCCACUUUGAAGACCACUCGAGUAUAAACUCAUGACUUAACUCCAGCUGAAUAAUCCACACAAAAAGGUCAUUAUGAAAUAAGAGUUCUCUUUUCUGAAGCAGUAAAGGUCAUAUUGUGGCUUGUGACUUUCACCUAAAAAAAAAAAAAAAAAAAGCUGAAGGGAUACGUUAUAAAAUUUUGUGAAUUAAACAAGAAAAUGUAUACUUAUAACAAUAGGCUGUAUAAACAUAAUAAAACACAUUUUUCAGACUUUGA